CGGAGUCGCCAUAGCUGGAGCGCGAGCCGUCCGAGAGGUGAGGCGCCCCACGCAGCAGCGCCCUUGGGCAGGCGGACGACGUGCACCUGUCACCUGCAAUCAAUAAACGCUUUCCCACCCUAAGGAAGUCGGCAUGGCAGAAGCGCAGGAGCCGUUUGAACCAGCUCAGGCAGUGGAUGCCGAAGAAGUGCUGGAGAAAGGCGGGAACGAGAACGCAGCGGUGGUGGACGACAGGGAAGAGGAGGAGACGAAGAAGCCCCCAGCCUCCACCUCUGGGGAGGACGAAGCUCAACGAUUAACGCCUGAAGAGACAGCCCGGGAAGAGGAAGGUGAGAACCACGAGACGGAAGAAAGCAGGUUCAAUAGCCACCAAAGCCAAGGAGACGGACAAACGACCCCGAAUACUGAGGAAGAGAAGGAGGAGGACGAGGCUGGUGAGGCGAGUCCAGCAGAACUACCUGGACGGCAGGACGAAACGGGGGCGGCUGAAGGUGAGAGCGCCGAGGCCCCAGCCAGCGAGGAAAGCUCUGAGGAAAAGACGGAGGGCAGAGACUCCGACAAGGCGCCCGUUCCCGGGGAGCCUCAACCAUCAGAGGGAGAGUCGGGCGAGAGGGCGAGUGUAGAGGAGCCCGUCGACGGAGAAGGAAGCCCUAAAGAAGCGGAGCCCGCACAACAAGAGGAAAAGCCUGGUGAGAACCGGCGGGCGAGUGAUGAGGAGCCAGUCGACAGAGAAGGGAGUGCUGAAGGAGGGGAGUCCGUUACAGAAGAGAGCGUCGCUGGGAACGUCCAAGAAGAGGAAGAGUGCGGCGGGGAUGAAAGAGAAGAGACGGUUGAAGAAGGGAGCGAAAAAGAAAAGCCCGAUGGAGAAGCUGAGGAGGAUGAGGGAGAGGGAGAUGUUGAGGAGGGCAGGGCCCAGCUGGGAGAGCAACGGGAACCUUCGGAGGCUCCAACGGGAGAAGAAGAGCUUCUGAGGGGAGAGAGCCCGUCAAGUAAUGCCCAACGUGAAGCAACUCUCGUAGAGGAGGAAAUCGAAGCGGAAGGGAGAGAGGGGAGUGAGGAAACCCCAGAAGACGAAGAUGCCAGCACAGAGGAAACAGAAGCCAGCGGAAAUCUCGAGGCGAGCGCAGAGGAGGGGCCCCCAGCCUGUGGAUCAAGGGAGUCUCCGAGGGUGGAUGCUGAACACAGCAACCACCUGCAGGGCGAUUCUGCUGAGGGACCCGUCGAAGGGGCUGAGGGAGCGGGUGACACGCUGGGAGUGAAUGGCAUGCAGGGAAAAGAGAAGGAAGAAGAAGAAGAAGAAGAGGUGGCGGCGGCAGAGGAGCAGAUCCCACUCGCUACGCCAGUGGAAGACGGGCAAGAGCAUGACAUUUCGCUCUUCGUAAAGGCUGGAAGUGAUGGGGAAAGUAUUGGAAACUGUCCAUUUUCUCAGCGCCUCUUCAUGAUUCUCUGGUUAAAGGGUGUUAUAUUUAAUGUGACAACUGUGGAUUUGAAACGGAAGCCUGCAGACCUACAGAAGUUAGCUCCAGGAACAAAUCCUCCAUUUAUGACUUUUGAUGGUGAUGUGAAAAUAGAUGUGAAUAAAAUUGAGGAAUUCUUGGAAGAAAAAUUAGCACCUCCAAGAUAUCCCAAACUCGCACCAAUUCAUCUGGAAUCUUACUCUGCAGGAAAUGAUGUGUUUGCUAAAUUUUCUGCUUUCAUAAAAAACACAAGGAAAGAUGCCAAUGAAAAUUUGGAAAAAUCAUUGCUUAAGGCUUUGAGGAAACUGAAUAACUAUUUAAAUGCCCCAUUGCCUGAAGAAAUUGAUGCCUAUAGCACUGAAGAAGUCACUGUUUCUACAAGAAAAUUCCUAGAUGGAGAUGAACUCACGUUAGCCGAUUGCAAUCUCUUGCCAAAACUCCAUAUCAUCAAGGCUGUGGCAAAGAAAUAUAGAAAUUUUGAAUUUCCAUCUGAAAUGACUGGAAUCUGGAGAUAUUUGAACAAUGCCUAUGCUAGAGAUGAAUUCACAAAUACUUGUCCUGCUGAUCGGGAAAUAGAGUUUGCUUAUUUGGAUGCUGCAAAAAGAAUGAAAUAAAUUAAGAAUGUUCUAUUUCUAUAUUACUUCAGAGACUUUGAUUUUUAAAAAAGAAGGAAAACGCCAAGAAUAAAAUGAAGAGCCUGAUCUGCAACAAGUUUUUAAGUUAAGAAACUAGCCAAUCCUAGUGGCAUAAUUAUUUUAUUGAUCUACUUAUUCAAGUAUAGCAUAAUUGUAUAUAUGUUACCUUCCAGAUAUGUGCAUAUGCAUACAAUGUUAUGUGUAUUAUGCAGAGCUUGGAAAAGUUACUUUUUAAAACUACAACUCCCAUCAGCCCCAGCCAGCCAUUGGAUUGGGCUGAUGGGAGUUGUAGUUCAAAAAAGUAACUUUUCCAAGCUCUGGUAUUAUGUGUGGGCAUAAUUUAGACUUUUAAUAAAUGGUUAAGAUAUUUCCCCUUACAUUGAUCAGACUACUGGAAUAGACAGGAUUUGAUACAGUUCAUCUUCUAUUGAAGUCUGUGGGAGAACAUCUAUGGAUUUUAAUGAAUGUGGAUAGUAUAAUUUUGAGGGACAGAGUCAUCUCAGAGGAGUUUGCAGUAUAUCUAGGCUACCAUGUGCCAUCUCUUGAAUCUCAACUGUUGAAACUUGGGCAGGUGGUUAUCAGUGCUGCUAAACCCUUUUAAACAUUAUGGCUGAUAUGCUGCAAAUGUCUGUUUACAUGUUAUAUGUCUUUUAGCCCUAAGAUUUGUGGCAUUACCUCCUAAGUAGUUAGGAUGGGACAUACUUAGAAACAACAAUGGCAGCACAAUGUUGCAAAAUAUGCCACUAUAGCAACUUUCCAGUUUCUAAAGACAGUCAUACCAGGGCUCAAAGCUCUCUGCAAGCCAGGCUGUCUGUCGUCAAAGCUCCUUCAGAUGCUGGAGGCUGUGGUGAUGGUUACUCAUCUGUAAAGACCAGCCAGACUGUGCAUGCUCAGAAGGUCCUACUCAGGGUUUUGGUGCCAGCACAUCAUGGUUCCCAUGAGCAGCCAAAAAAAAGGAGGCGAUGGCACUCCAUAUUGGUGAACACGGUCACAAAAAAGCAUUGGACCUUCUACUGAAAAAUGUUCUAGAAGUUCACUGUGAUAUCCAAACAAGUUCAGGAGCCUUCCCUCUCCCUAUAUGUACCACAUAGGUAGCUGCUUUCCCAUAACAGAUUUUUGUUUCUCACAGAUGUCGAUGUCACAGUUUUAUUUCUGAGCUAUUGCCAAACUUACAACUGAAGCAUUUUUUAAAGCAGAACAGGUUCAUUCUCUCUCUAUUCCAUGUAACGAAAACACCACACAGAUGUACUAACUAUAGUGACCCGUAUAAAUAAGGAAAAGUACCAAGUUAUGUCAUAUGGAUACCAAUAUUCCAGAUAUAGUUCCACUUCUCUCAGUUAUAAAACUGUGGGCAAGUUCUGUAUGCUGUACCAGAUCUGCUUCUGCAGGGACUGUGCAGUUAAUACAGUUAUACCAUCCUGUUGCUCCAAAAACUGAAGUUUUCAAGUUUACAUUAAAAGCGAGUAAGGUCUUUCUUUAAUAGGGCACUUUGAAGGUCAGAGACUAAGGGCUGGUUAGGAAGUAUAUACACAUCACUUGAUUAAUCAGCACUUGAAGAUUCACAACUCAGUUUGUGAACUGAAUGUAUUGAAAAAUAUGUGUGUCUUCAGAUGACAUGGAUACCAUGGUAUUGCUCUGAGACAGCUAAUUUCCACAUAGUCAUCAGGUGAUGAACAUCUGAAAUGGAGCCUCUUCCUUCCUUCUUACCUAUUAUUUAAUAACAUUCAUAAAUUCAGAUCAAUUUUGAGGAAGGGAAGGCUGUUUAGCCUCAUUUUGGGGACAUGAUUCAUUGGGAGGUCCUUGAAACAUAUACAUUGACUAUCAGCAAACACAAUUUCUUGCUGUUAUGAUUCUGAGAGUUUAUGUUCAAAGUGUAAAGGAACAAAAGAGCCAUAUCAGUGAUCAAAGCCUAACUGAUUGGCUUAUACUGCGGCUACUAGGAAUGUAGCAGCUACCAAUUCCUCUGAAUAGAUAUCUCUGUAUUAGAAAUGAUUGAUUGAAAUCUUUGAGAAUCUGAAUUUAUUUUAGAAUAGGAAAUCUAUUUCAUCUCAAGAAGAUGUCUGCUUUUCUUACCAAUUUUACUA